AUGUUUUCUUCGUUGACCCCUACUGGUUCGGCCCCGAACUCAGCCGGGAUCUUAGCCGCAGCCGUUGCCCAAUGUGCUCCUUCGACAAGUGGAGGAUUGCUGGCUCCACCACCUCAGGCUACUACUUUGAGCCCUAUACAUUCCCCGAGAAGUAAAGAGCAACAACAGCACGCUACUUUGGAGAAGAGGUCGCCCGGUGAAACCGAGGGCGUUGCAUCUUCACAAGCCCAUUUGCUUUCUGCACUUCAUUCGGCAUCUUCUGCCACAGCCGCUGGUGGUGUCGAUCCUGCCGGUUGGGAUCCACGUGAUGUGAAGCCUGCAGUCAGCAAGCACAAUACGACUGCCUAUUACGAACAAGAAGAUAAUUUGAUGCCAUCAUCGAAUUGCGGCGGGCUCCCCCCAGGAGGUGCUCCCGGCACCUCUCAUCUCCUGUCCUUGGAUGAUCGUGCUUCUUCGAAAAGCUCGGAAAGUACACCCGCUCAUACCCCUGGCAGAGGACGUGGACGGGGACGUACAUCCUUGGCGCCUGAUAUGCCUCCAGAUGAAAGAAAAAUGACCAUACUUGAACGAAAUAAGGCGGCUGCUGUGCGUUACCGAAAACGAAAGAAGGAGGAACAUGAUGAUAUGAUCACUCGUGUGCACACAUUAGAGCAAGAAAAAGUACAACUUAAUACGCAGAAUCAAGUGCUUCGACGUGAACUUGAUCGGUUAACAGCUUUACUCCGAGAGCGGGAAGCUCGCUGCGUGUGCUUGAAAGGAAUGCCAUUAAGUACGGAUCCGAGGGCCGAAUCUCCGGUGGAUGUAAGUUGAGA